CUUUCUCUGCUGUCUUAGAAACAGCACGCCCGGCAUUCAUUGGCGUGGCGGCGUGCAACGCCGAUGGAACCCGUUGCGCUUCCGCCUCUCGUCCCUGUUUGACAUUCGUCGACUUGUACCACUCGGAUCCGUAAAAAUAAUCAUCGAAAGACUAUUUGUCUUUACAUUUGCUGAAAUAAUCGUGGAAUAUUUGUUUUCUCGGAAAUGGCACGCUUACGCUUACAUCGUGUAUGGUCUGCGAUUUUUUGAUCGAACCUUUUGCUUAAGUUUGGAAAAAAUCGCGAAAUAAUCGUUAAACGUUCGCUUUCUUGGAAAUGGCAUGCUCAUAUUUAUACUAUGUAUGGUCUACGACUUAUCUAUUGACCCUUUGGCUAAGUUUGAAAAACUUGGCGAGCACCGAGAGUCGAGAGGCGGAAGAGCAGGGUAGCAGCACGACCUCGCCCUCGGAGGGCAGGCACGCCGACGAGACGUCCGGCUCGCCCGUCCUCGAGAUGGGCAGCAUGGAUUCGGCGGGCAGCGCCCACAGUGGCGGCCCUUCCUGCGGCCUGGUCAGUUCCCUUUUCCCGAGCAAUUGUCGUGGUCGAGCCGAGGCAUUCGCCAGACGUCUUCAUCGACGAUUAACGUCUCUCGGUGGCGAAAACAGUUCUCAACGAAACGAUGAUCCCUCGUUGCCGAAGGAAACCUCCUGGCUACGUUCGCCGUCAACAGGGAGAAGAAUAAUAACUAACAGCUCCAACAAUCGCGUUCUUCAGCAUCAACCUCGUCACAAUACUGACUCGGAUUUGUGCUACGAUUACGAUCUCGAGUAUGAAGAUGGUCUUAGUUCGCCGGCAGAAGAAGCCACAGCAGCGGAAGUCGCGGAUUUAGUAGUGAAUCAGGAAGUAUUAAAAUCGAAUCAUCAUGCAAUUCACAACAGUUCACCGAUUGAAUCGAAAAACAGUGUAGAUUCAGAAUCUGGACACGUUUUCGCGUCUCCUCUGUUAGGAACGUCUCCAGAUAGCGAUUCCUCCGACGUCUUCUUCGACCCAGAAUCAUCCGAUGUUGAAAAGCCGAAGAACGAAACGUUCUUUGAUCCCGUGACGACCUCGGAUAGCGAAAUGACUACGUCGAAUCUCCCGAACGGUCGCAACAUAAUAAGGCCCAAAAGCUUGCCCUGUCGUAGAAGGCCAGAGAUCAACGUUGAACAUUCCGAGGACACAUCUGAUUCGAGCGCUUCGUUCAAAAGGAAUAUUUGCGAUAAAGACCCGAGGAAGAAGGACUUGGUGUGCAGCUCGGAGGACUCGAACGAUAGAAGCUCCCAAGAGACAUCCACGUCGCCCAGUCACGAAUCUCUUUGGAGCACGUUCGACGAGAGUACUGUGUCCCUUCAGGACGAAUGUCCCGGAAAAAUAAAUCCUAGUUUAAUCACACACCAGAAACGGCUUCCCAAGUCGCAUUCUGAUUCAGAGAUACCCGUCAACGGACCUAGUAUAAUGAUCACUUCCGCGAUUAAGGAUGAAAGAAUCGAUAUCGACGAAGUCGACCUUAUUAACUUUCAGUCGGAGAAUAGCAAAUUGGAGGAUAUCAAGAACGCGAGGAAUCUUGUCAAGGAAGAUACUUCGGAUUCGUCGGAUAAUACGUACGAGGAGGAUCUUCCAUAUGACGAGGAGAAUCCCAAGAAUACACUGGAGCAACAAUCAAAGAGUCUAUCUUUGAAACUCGAAGAGAUUCCUGGCAAUGAGACUGACGACCAUUCGACGUACAGCAGUAUGAUCAACAUCCCUGGUGCUCUCACCCUCGAGUGUCCUAUAGUAGAGGGAGUGAUAGAAGCCACGAUAAAGAACGAGAUACAACUACAAAUAGAAAAUGGAGCUAUAAUAGCUAGCAACAACGAGGAUAAGAUGUGCCUUCUGUUGAAGAAGCUCGCCACAAGUCCAAGUAUCAAAGAGGACGUUCAUAUAACUGAGGAGCCACAGGACGAUAGUAUAGAAGAAGAGGAAGAAGACAGACCUCAGAAGAUUAGACGAUGUUCUUCUUUGAAGACGGGAAAAACGCCACCAGGAACACCUGGAAGGAAGAAAAUCGUCCGAUUCGCAGACGUUUUAGGCCUAGAUCUCGCCGACGUGCGAACGUUCUUAGACGAAAUCCCCAAAGUGCCGAACUCAGCGUACAGCGACUUGAUCUACGAUGACAUUUUCCACAAAGACACCAGUCCUGUAAACAGCUUGCCAAGCCCAGCUCAAUGGGGAGCCAGAUACGUAGGUAGUCGACGCGAAUCAGGCUGUGCGAUAACUGCGCAUAAACUAGACAGAACUUUGGUGCCUCUGUUUCAACAACCUGGCGGUCUGCCUAAUUUCCUGGAUCUGGUCCGUGAACGUCGAGUGUGCUUAGAGAACGUGCUGGUCCAGGAUCCCGUGUCUCUCUGUAUCCAGGGUACGGUCCGCGUGAUCAAUCUGGACUUUCACAAGUCGGUGCACAUCAGAUAUACGUUGAACUCGUGGCGAAACUUCAGCGACUUGCAAGCCAUCUACGUACCUAACUCGUGCGACGGUUUCAGCGACAAAUUUUCGUUCAUUCUGUACUGUCACACGCUGUCAAUUGGUCAGAGGCUGGAGUUCGCGGUUCGAUUUCAAUGCAAGGGCGAGCAGUACUGGGACAACAACUCCGGACUCAAUUACUGCUUCCAAUGUUUGCCUGUUUCUCCAGCCGUUGGUUACAUGCCCAUCACGGCUCAGGAGGGUCAGCAUCACGAGUGGUCGCCUGUGUUCUACUGAUGGACAUCGUAGAUCGAGCAUUGGAUGCCGCGAUGGAGACACAGCGAUGCUUCGCAUAGACAAGGAGUCUGAAGUGGAUCCGAGUAAGGCUAACUAGCGACAGAUAGAGAGACAGAGGGAGAGGGAAAGAGAGAAAGCCUAUGGUUGUAUAAACGUUCCUAGAGUAUAUACCUUACUGUACAUAACUGUCCUAUUCUCGAGUCGAUCGAAGGAACGAGAAGGCAAGCCGGGGAGCAGGGACCGCACUAGCGUCAAUUAUUCUUUCCUGCCGUUUUCCGGACAGCCUUUCAAUGGACUGGAGAAACUCGACGCACCUGUUAGACUGACAUUUUUUACACGUUCGUUGUUCCUUGUUUACGAGCGAGAAUAUGUAUUCGGUAUAGACGUGAUACCACUUCUGUAAACGAACUGGGACUGUAGUUGAAAGAAGAAAUAUUAAGUACGUACACAUACCUCUUUGAAGAUGACAGAGAAGAGGAUUUAGUCUUUGCCAGAAGUUGGAAGUUGAAGAGGACAUUUGAAAGGCGAACGAACAAUGAAACGUUCAAAGUAUCUGGCAGAGCAUGGAGGAUUAUUUUCACGUUCCUAGAAAGUACCUAAGUCUACAGAAUUUGCGCCAUAAUCGAGCCUAACGUGUUUGAAAGACUCUCAAACUGAUUAUAAUGCGAAAUGACAGAGGUUAAAGGUUAUGAGAGAAACUGUUACUCGAAAUGAGAUGUUUGUUGAAGAGAUUCUAGGAUGGUAUUGCUUCGAAGACGAAAUCAAGGGCUCUUUUUUCUCGUUUCUUUUUUUUUUUUUUUUAGAUAUUAACGAUAUUUUACGUAGUUGCAUGAAUAUUCUCGGAUGAAUUAAGGUUGAAACGACCUGUUGAUAAACUUUUAUCCACAAACAUAUCUGCUCAGCAACUUCUGAGCGACGACCAAUCCGGUCUUGCUUACGAAAGUUUCAUUUAGCACGUUCGCUGCUAUUGACGCAUAUUGGGCGUUGAUUCAAUUACUAUACAUAAAUUCCCAAUAAGGUUGCAACGAGGAGAUAACUGUUAUAUUUUUGAGUUCGUGCAUCUCGAUAGAAAGCUUUUAACAGGAGAUACAAAACAGUGAGGAAUGUAAUAAAGUAAACUUGAAACGAAGACUUCCCUGAUGAGAAGAUAUACGGCAGGCGUUUAUUUUAAUAGCAGCGAAUGCGUUAAUGAAUUAUCUAUAUAGCGUGUACUCUUAGCCCCAUAGAUGAAACGAAAUUACGACGAACCAACUUUAUAAACUUCGAAACGAAGCUUUUCUAUUUGUUUAAUCAAAACGUUCGACCAGUGCCAAUUUUGACCUAGUGCCAUUGGAUCAAUUAUAACAUCGGGAAAUAACACGAAUCGAAUAUACGUUAUACCAUAUUCAUAAAUAUUUUUUAAACGAAAUGUGAUAGUUUAAUAGCAACGAAUAUCAUAGUGGGUUGCUUUGUUCUCCUAAUUCUAGAUUUUAUUCGCCAGAUGAUCGUCGAAAAUCAGGGAAAUCGGGGCUUGAUCGAUUAAUCAUUAAAUAUCCGUAUAAAUCUCCAAGACGAUGAUAGUAACUGAUCAUUCAUAAUUUUAUUUUUAUUAUGCAUGUAUAUUUGUACAAUUGCUGGGGUGCUAGACAUGCGACGAAAUUACGAAAGAAGAGAUUCCAACAGCUUUGGCAGUAAAUUUAUCGUUUAGUUCAUUGUUAACUAUUUUCAAUCGUGAAGCGCUUUCAUUCUGUGAUUCGAGGACCUGAAUCGAUCAUCGUGUGGUACGCAAAUGUAUAUGCAGUGACGAACGAAGGAAAGCGUGAUCUUACUUCUUUCUUUAAUUUCUUCAAUCGUUUUCGAAUAGUUUCAAUAAAACAGAAAAAAAUAAUUCUUUUCAAUUCGAUUUUCAUACUGUGUCGUAUUUCGCAGCGUAAAAAUGAAACAUUAAAUGAUACGAAAAAUAUUAAUGAUCAUUGAAAACGGAAUUAUAUUUACGAGUACAUCUAAAUAGAUUUGAAUAGAUCAAAUAUAUUUUUUCAGAACUAACUCAACUAAUAUUAACAAUGAAAUCUUAUAUAACAAUAAGAAGAUUUUGUACUAAAACAAAUGAAAUUUUGUAAACUACAAAUCAUUCGACUAUCCAAUUUCAAAUUUUAAAAUUAUAUAAUCUAUAAUUUGUAAUUUUCCAAUUAGACAAGCAUAGAUGAUUAUUAUCAAUAUGAUUAAAAAUAUUUAAUACAAAUAACACUAGUAAUCACGUACAUAAGUAUCAACUUUAAAUUUUCUUUCGUUUAUCACUGUACAUUGUGCAUAUUAUACUUUGCAGAAUACACAUAAAAACGAUAUCGUUUAUAUUUAAUUUGCACUACGACGAAAAUGUUAAGAUCAAACGAUUUAUUUCUUAAUGAAUUUCUUCGACAAGUUCUUUCGUUCAUUUCUACGCUCCUGGCAUUAUGCGUGAAUGAUAAACGAACCAUUUACGUUAGUCCUCACGUGGGAUAACGAUAAUAGUCGUCAGUGCAAUCCAAGUUACCGGUUAAAGAAAGCAGAGACAUUUUCAGCGUUUUGGCAACGAUUAGAAUUUCGUGAGUCACAAUAGCAGUGACAGUUGCCAAAAAUAAGCAACAUUGUCCUGUGUCGCGUGCACGAGAUCGCAUUGGGUAAUGAGAUCGACUUUGUUUAUCGAAUUCCAAACGAUAAAUGACACUUACCGACGAUUCGUGACUAAACUUGGUAUAGUAUUGCCUGAACGACACAGACCACAUUAACAAUGAACCAAUUGUAAUUAACGACGUAAAUACCCUCGUGAAUUAUUACGACCGAGAGAAAAGAAUAAUCAUAGAUCGCACGAUAGCGAUCGAGAUCACAACACGAUAUAGUAUUUCACGAUACCACGAUAUUUUUGCUAAUGUUAAACGUUUCUUUUGUAAUUCUGACCACCGUUGCCAUUAACAUGUUUUGCACGUGUUACAUAAAGAUACGUCUUUCGCGUUUUGCAAUUAAAAGACUUCUUCUUCGCUGUACAGUAUCAAUUUUCAAAACGGUAAUCUUAGAUCGAAGCAUAAGAAUUUUAUAUAAAAAGAAAAGACACGGUACUUAUAUACAUAUAUGUAUAAAGUGGUAAUUAAACGAUAAUCAGACUGUGGAUUUUCACGUAUUUCCUAUAAAUCUAUUACAUGCAAUUUAAAGUGAGAAAAUCCGCAGAUUGCACUCGAUGCGCAAAAGUAUAUAAAACAUUUAAAGUACAAUACUUGUUAUAAUAUUCAGUAGUUAUUGAAACAAAUCUCUCCUUAGAUUCCAUUUUUUUAUAUAUACAUAUAUUCAUAAAAAUGCAAAGCACAAACAUGCACAAUCUAGUGAUAACACAGAAAAUACGUAUUUUCACGUAACGCACGCAAAAUGUGUCAACUAUUGCAAAUGUCAAUAGUCUUCGAGGUAGCAUCAGCAAUAUAACGUUAACAGAGAAACGAACAAAUGAUGUUAAGAUUACACUAUAUAUUGUUAAGAUAUUUUUUGUAACAAUUUUCACCGUGAACAAGUGCUUUCUAUAUGCUAUAUAUAUAGAGAACAUAAACACAAUACAAAUUGUACAUAAGCGGCGUCAGUAUUGGUGGCAAGUGUGUCUCGAGAAUGAGGGUGUCGUUUUUUUUUCUUUUUUUUUUUUUUUUGUAUAAAUCGGUCGAUUUUUAAUCGUAUAUUACCAUAUACAGUCUGUUUAGGCAAUGUUUGUUAUACACAUUUUAUUGUACAUAUUCAUCGAUACAUUUUACACAAUGAUAUAUUUACAUCACAGUUAUAAUCGAGUCUCUAGUUUUCGGUAUUCUAUUUCUCUCUACUGUUUUCUCUCUUUUUUUUAUAUAUAUAUACAUAUAUAUUAUGGCAAAUAUCGAUCUUUUCUAAUUUUAUAUUGAACGCAUGACAGAUAUCGUUACUUUGCUAUUUUACUCGCUUUGUUUUAUCAUAUUGUUAACUUGGGGACAGAAUGCUGCUUAUUAAUCGAUCCAUUCUGUAAACACUUCGUCUUAUCGUUAUCCUUCUACGCAUUGGUAAGAGGAAAAUAACAGAAAAAUGUUUAUUACGUUUUGCAAGAACGAAGAAACGCUUCUUCUUACCAGAGAAGUGAAAUUACGUUUCUUUCUUAACUCGUUCGUUUCUUUUAUCCGUAUAGUCUAUAUUUUAACGAGAUGGUAUUUUUGUUUUCUCUUUUUUAAUCGUUUUAAAUUUAAGCGCAACGUAACCACCACUAUUGAGGCCCUCGAUAUUUACGCGCGUAUCUCUGCCCGUAAACACACGAACAACAUAAAUCGAACAAAGCCUUUUCCUAUACUUUGUCCUCUGUACAUAUGCCUCUUAAGAAACAAAGUUCGAAUUCUAUUCUGGUUAACGGCAGAAACGAUAUUCUUCCACGUGUUAAGAAUGACGGUUAUUGAGAUUUAUGGAAACAGUUAUAUAAGUAUCAGUCACGAGUUAGGAUAUUUUAAUCAUGUUAUGAAAACUUCAACCUGAUGUACAAGGUAUUUUAGAAACCACUCUAUUGUAUCGCAAGGGACGAAAAUUUGAUAUUUCUUUCGUUGCUAUAACAUUUUUAUAUUUUUUAAUAGUAUAAAAAAUUUUCAAUUUUUUCCUAUAUAUCAACGUUAUUAGACAAUUCUGUAUGAACAUCGAAAUAGCUUCGUAACGUUUCUCAGUACUUUUUUCAUAAAUAUUUUAUGAAGAAAUUCGAUAUUUUCAUUUACGAAAGAAACGCACAGAUUAUAUAGGGUGACAAUAAAGGUACAGUAGAGAGAUUGAAACAGGAAAUGCACAGUGGUAGGACUUGAACGAAGAUAAAUGGCGAAGAGGAACGAAAUAAGAAGAAAGGAACUCGUCUACUGCCAGACACGUUUUGUGUUCAACUCACUAGAAGUUACUUCUAAUUUUCAUUUCAAAAAUGCAUUAUUCCAAAAGUGAUAUCUAUCCAAAUUAUCUCGAAAGUUCAUCGACAAUUAAACAUUUACACGAAUUAUUGGUCAUACAUCGAUCGCAUUAAAAAAAAUAUAGUUAGACUUAAAAAAAGCCAUCAGUCAUCGGGAAUUUUUCAGAAACAGUUGCAUUAUUGUUCGCAUUAUCACAAAUUUCAAACUAAUCUCUGAAGAAUACGAAAGACCAUUUUAAUCUUCUGUUUUCGAUCUAUCACAGAAUUUCUGAAAUAUUUUUCUUAUACAUCAGGUUGGAAAAAUAAAGGAUUUCGGGAAUGAAAGCAAUUUAUACUAUUAAGAAUUAUUGAAUCCUACGGAAUAUACGCGUUUUAAAUUCUACAAGGUGCAGGGUGUCACCCGGGAACUUCAAUUUCUAUUAACACGCCGAUCCUAAGUUCCACAAGGGAAUUCUCAUCAUUGAUGAGAGAUUUGAAGAAAUUUGCGGAAAAUCAAUUUCGCAGUCUCGAACAACAUCGCGAGAAAUGUCGAAAAACGACCGCGUGACACCCUGAGUAAACCGGAGACGAACUAUUUUUGUUAAAUCUUUGUUCGCGUUUGCUAAGCUAUUGCCUCAUUCGUAAGAUUCUUCCAACAGCGACGAGACAAAGUUUCACGCUUGUUUCGCGCUACGAAAUCGAUUUCCAAUGGCAGCUACGAUUUUUACGAGAACCUUACGAUACCGAGGGGCUGAAACUAACGCAGGAAACAACACUGUAACGCGAGUCUCGAACGUAGAAAUAUAUUUUCAUACCGUGUCAUUUUCCAUUGGCUGAUUCGCCAUCGUCAAACAUUAUUGUUAUAUAGAUUUUAAAAGUAUCAUUUUCUGUCUAUUACAGAAAUUUUAAUCUCUAAAUUAUCGUUUUAAUCGUUAUUUUAGAUUCGUAUGAUUUUAAACAAUCUGUAUAUGUGUUCUUAAAUAUAAAAGAUACGAUUCCAAAGAAAUUGAAAAUUAUGGGAAGCCUAAAGAAUUUGUAUGAAUCUUAAAUUUUUAGUUAGAUAAGAAUUAUCAAGUUCGGUCAGAGAUUUGAGCAAAUCUUUGCGAAUAAGUUAUCGGCGAUCAAGGAAACUUGUACGAUUUUCACGAAUUUGUAAAAUCGUCCUAUCAGAUAAGAAUUAGUAAGACCGAGCAGAGAUUUGAGCAAAUUUCCAUAUUAAAAUUAUUGGCAAUCGAGAAAAUUCGAACAAUCUGCAUGAGUUUUUUUAAAUUUUUUAAUUAAAUAAGAAUUGUCAGGAUCAAACAAAGAUUCAAGAAAAAAUAUGUAUAUAUUAUAUCGAAAGUCGAUUGUAGUUAUGUGUUUAAUUAGUCGAGAAGUUUGAUGGAAUGAAAAUUCGUAAAGAAAAAUUCUGGUUACCUGGUCGAGUUGAACCUCUGUUCUUCUUAAUCGGAGUAGCCAUUUGCAAGAAAGAAACGAAACAAGAAUGGAUUAAUCGUAAGAGUGCUUCGAGGUUCCAUUUGCAAUUAGUACGAGAUUCCUCGAUGAAUUGUUUAGAGAUUUGUUUUUUGCUUUCCUAUUUUUUUUUCGUCGUUGAAAUGGGGACGUUUCUACGUUCGAGACGAAACGAACGGGAGAAAAAAAAAACCAUAGCUAUAACGGUAGUAUAUUUUUAUAUUCUAAUGUACACGUAAGCAUACGUUGCACCUCUAGUCCGUAGAGCCGUGAGCUUUCGUCCAAUUACCGAGCCUUUUGCAGUUUUUAACGAAAGAAAAAAAGAAGAUGAAGAAAGAAGAAAUUAAUUAUCGAAGUUUAAAUGGACAACUAUUAUGGUGUUAAGGUGCGAGAGAGAAACGGAGAAAAAGGAGGAAAGACUACGUGUAUAUGUGCGGCGUGUAUGCGUCUGUGUGUGCGUGUCGGCGCAUUUCAGAUCGUAUGAUUGAGAAAAAAUGAGAGAGAACAAACGGAGGAGCAUGGAAAUACCGAAUAAUCUCUCUGUCCAUUUGUAAUAGUUAUUUUUACUUUAUAAUUUUUAACUCGCUACUUUUAAUCGUUUAAUGUCUGUUCCUUUCCUCUCUUAUUUUUACCCAAUUUGGCACGGGAAGAGGAUAAAACUCGUUUGUCCUUUCGAUCGUCGAAUUUCGAUUGCGAAAUCAGCGGAUAAGAAUUAGCGACGAACAGACUGUAGACAAAUUCGCGAAACGAAGAUAAUUCUUCGCACCCUUGAAAAAGUAGUCUAAUUAUAAAUAUUUGCUGCCGUUUAUUUAUUUUCUGUGUCGUGGAUCCUUCUUGUUUCACAUUAAAUCCAAUUUUCAUCGAUCUGUUAAAUAAGUUUGUAGAUACUGUUCGUUGCAAUUCACGUCGAUCUUUCACAUCCGAAAGAUUCUUCGAAUCAAACCUGGUAUUUUAUUUCUAUUGGAUCGUCGUUCUUUGCUCUUUACUCCCGUUUCUAUUCUAAACAUUUCAAAGGAGAAAUCUAUACACUCGCAAAGGGAAAUUUUCGCUAAAAUUGCUAUCGCAAAAUCGAGUUCGUGGUAAGAUUUGUUGCGCUUUUUGCCCUCGGCAAUUAUUAUUUUAACGAACAUCUGCCAUUAUUUAUGAAGAAAGCACGAUCUAUGGAUCACGGAUAGGUGCUCGAAUCAGAGCCAAGACUGAACGAGAGAAUUUCGAUAAAGACUUUUAUUGUAUUUUAUUCCUUCGCACAAGUAACACGACCGUAAAUAAUAAUGCAAAUUUGUUAGGUUCAUAAAUGAUGGAAGAGUCUGAGAGAAAGCAAGGGGAAGACCGCAAAGAGCGACGAUACUCGCGAUCAAUUUCGUCAUCGAUUUCAUGAACGCUGUCCUUGUAUAAUUAUUCGAUUGUUGUUUUGAGAUAUAGCGCGAUUCGUGGGAAAUCAAAAUUUUUCUCAGAAGGAUUUCGCAUACCAGUUUUGAGGCUUUCACGGUCCGGAUCGUCGCACCUGACACUGUUGUACGCAAUAAUUAUAUUCCAAAUUCAUUAUACAAUUAUGCUCGAGACGUUCGAUUGGAAGCUGCGUUCGGAAGAAAUUUCUUUCCGAUGUUUCACCAGCAUCGCAGCUAGCUUUUUCGCUGUCUAAAAUUCGAUGUCCGUGAUGGUGCGUUUUUAGACACCGAAGAAGUUAGCUGCAACGCUGGCGAAACAUUGGAAAGAAAUUUCCUUUGGACGCAGCUUCUACUCGGAAAUAUCGAACAGCGUUGUGUAGAAUAUCGCUCGGUGUGUCAGCUGGAUUAGAGUUUUCGAGAAAAGUAAUUAAUUGUCAUUGUCAAUGAACGAUCGUUGGGUCUCCUAAGAAGAUUGGAAAAGUUGGCCGAUCUCACAUCGAACUUUUUUCCCCAUUGAAUCGGCGUUGCUGAUCGUAGUACAUUUAUUCAAGGGAUUUAAUAUAUUUCUAUGUGUAUAUGAAAAGUUUGCUAUAACGAUUAAUCAAUCUUGAAAAAGUUGUUAUGACUGAAAUCCUCUAUCGAAAAUUUUUGAGAAACGGAGGAUAAAAAAUAUUUUAGAUAUCAAUUUUCUCGAAAACAAGAAAGAAAAGAUUAAUUACACGUUGAAAUAGUUCUAUAACGCAUUCUCCUUCUCUUUUACUUGUCUUUGAUAGAGGAACAACUCGUUGUUUAAUAUUUAGAAUUACGCUCCACUGAGAAUUUUCAAAGAAUAGAAGAAAAUGUUCUGUUGGAAAGAUUAAUUAUUUAUCCAAAUAAUUAAUUUUACAAAGAAAUCGUUUAUUAUAUGUUAUUUUAAGAAGGAAUUACUUGUUAUUUAAUAUCUAGAAUUACGCUAUAUCUUGCAUGUUGUACCCUAAUACGAAACGAUAAUACUCACUGAAAAUGCGUGGAAAUGUUCGAAUAUUCCGCAAAUCCUACAACUACGAUAUUCUCUGCUUUACGAUGCAAUAUUUCGUCUCUGAACGAGAGCGCGUAGCUUUAAAUUUCGAAGAUGAGUUUAAUCGGUGCCGCAAAGACGAAGCGUCAUUGAUACGAAAUAAUCAUUCGUUAUUUUCAUGUAUUCGAUAUUUUCGGUCGGUCGAAGGCCACGGUGCAGUAAUUGCGCUCAUCGAAACACGUUUUUCUUUUUUUUAUAUAUAUUUCUACAGGGCCUCCAUGUAUCUGUAUUAGUAAAAAGUGUAGCGUUUCUUACUGUACUUCCUUUAUCCUACAUUAUAUACUUUGCUGUUAAUCACAUUUUGAUUAUUUGCAAAAGGUCAGUGAAGUUGUACAUCAAAUAUACGAUUUAGAAAAGCAAUAAAAAAAAGGUCAUUGAUUUAUUUACUGCGUGUUAUAUUUAUGUUCAUAUUAAUAUUAAUGUGUACUUUUUACAAAUGAAAAGAAAGAAAAAAAAAAAAGAACGAAAUACAUUUAGAAUUUUAUCGAUUCGUGUACCGUGGACUUCAACGACGAAACACGACGAUGCUAACCCUUUCAUUUCGUUCGAUAUUUUACGUUAUUUACACGGAAAUACGCAACGCAAACACGUUUCUUCCUUUACAGUUCCUUCGCGACACGCAGUCCUUUUUGUCUUAUGAAAAUCAUUUAAGAAAAUCAUCACUCACUUCGAUAAGACUUUAGUUCGUUAAUUGGACUCCUCAUCGAUCAACAACUACGAUUAACUCUGGCUAUUUUUAAUACUAACAGCGAUAAAUCUCUCUUAAGCCUCGGCUGAUUAUCUCAUCAGGCUUAAGUUUAAAAAAUAUUUCUCUACAAACUUGAAUUAUCGUUACAUUAUCAAUAUCAUAUUGAGAAAACCUACUGUUUCUUUGAUAUUGUAUUAAAAGGUAAUUUUAUAGAAGGAGUUAAAAUAUUCUAAUAUUCUAUAAGGACAGUUAAAUGUUCUAUUUUUUAUAGAAAAGUAGUUUUCAAGUUCGGUGUGCUUUGUCGAUUAACGUCACGUUACUUGGAUCCGAACAUGCGUUUCUUCGUCCUCUUCAAAAUUUUCAUAAUAUCGAAAUAUUAAAUUACAUAAUAUCAUCGUCAUCACGUUAAAAUAUUGCUAUUUUGUCUAUAUUUAUAUUGUCUAUAAAUAUUGUCGAUUUUCAAUUACGUCACGUAGAAAUUCUGGAAGAAAACGAACGAAAUUUUGUUAUGCUGCGAUUCACAUAUUUAAUCAUACACGAGCGACAUUAAAACCGGGAUAUCUUCAAAAUUAUGCGAUCUUAUGCGAUUCUUCUCAAUUAUAAAGUAACGUUAACAUUAGAAAAUCAACAAAAGUUAUAUAAUCCACUUAUCUCGUUUUUCUUCUCCGAUCUUCGUAUACGUAUACCAUAUCGUAAAAAUCGAUCGUCUGACUUCUUUAAUUCUUUUUUCUUUUUUCAAAUCAUUCUUUUUUUAACGGAGUUAUGUAAAAGUUGGUCUCUGAAGAAGUUUCACCGUACGGAAGACAAAGCAACGUUGCUUCGGACUGAUAACAGCGAUCGGACGAUUUGCUUACUUUUACUAGAAGAAAAUGGAAAUAAAAUAAAAAGGUAAAGAACAAAACGAAAUGUAUCGUGUAUACGUACAGCAAGAAACAGAUUGUAGCUGAUACAAACGGUCAGUGCAGUUUCUAAAAUCCCUUUUCCUUUUUCUCCUUCCGCCAUUGUACGUCGACGAAACCGUAAUUUUUAAUCUCGUUUGUUUGUUUAGAUGUUGUCCCUCGGUAGUUUGGUUUAAGGUUUCGCGUUUAUUGUUAUACAGUGCCGAGUAUGGCGUGGGUGAUAGCGUUUAAGGGUUCUAAUGGAAGGAAUAAUUGCGGCGAAACGAGAAACGAAUGUUGAUGGAGGAAUGAAGCAAGUAUCGAUACGUAUAAAUAGACGUAUAUUAUAUAUCUGUAACACAUGUUCUAUAUGUUAUUAAGACAAUAAAUGGAAGACCGAU